GAAUUCCAUUCUACCACCGAGCCACGAAAUCUCGAGGCUGGACCUCAAGUUCAUCUUCUACACAUUCUUGUGUGCAAUACUCCAUCUGAUACAAUUUUUCCUUUUUCCACUUAUCAAGUUACAUCGGCCGGCCUGCAAGCCAGCACUUGACGUUCACCAUGGCAGAACUCCAAAAUGCCGGUAACUCCAGGCAGCAAAUUAAUAGUGACUCCCUGGGACAUCAUAGGUGGACCACAACCUCAACCUCAGAAAAUAUAUUCCUUUUUGUCCCAAACCUAAUCGGAUACGGUCGCGUUUUGUCCGUCGUUACCUCUCUCUACUUCAUGCCCCUUCAUCCCCGAACCUGCAUUCUCUUCUAUGGCCUUUCAUGCAUUCUUGAUGCGUUCGACGGAGCCGCGGCAAGGAGAUUCGACCAAUCAACCCAAUUUGGGGCCGUCCUCGACAUGAUUAUCGACCGGUGUACCACUUCAUGUCUAUUGGUUUUUCUUGCCAGCGUAUUUCCGGCGUGGAGUAUGGUCUUUCAAUGUCUGAUCAGCUUGGACCUGGCCAGCCAUUACGCCCACAUGUACGCGACGCUGGCCAUGGGCACCACUGGCCAGAGUCAUAAGGAGAUUGAUGAAAACCGGCCAAAGGUAUUAAGGAUAUACUAUUCCAACCCGAAGGUACUUUUUACUGUUUGCGCAUUUAACGAGUUGUUCUUUAUUGCACUUUAUCUCCUUUCCUUCUCCUUUCAAUCGCCUACUCUUGACGGCAACCUCCUAUUCCGCCAGGCAAACGACAUGGAAACGGCGACAUACAAAAAUACACCUACCUCUUCAAGAGAUUCUAUCGCCCCAUGGAGCGCUGCUGCUAUGGAGGUAGCUAGGGCAAAUAAAGUUGACAGCACGGGGCCAUGGAUCCUCCUUGCUCUUUCCACCGUCUUUAUGGUUUUCAAACAAUAUGUAAAUGUUAUCCAGUUAAUCGAGGCAACCAAAUGGCUUGCAACCGGCGAUCUCAAUUCAAGGAAAAAGGCUCGCCUUUCUCGGAACCAAAAGCUAGAUUAAUGGAGGCUCCGAGGGAUAUCAGAAAAUUUUAUAGUAUGAAAGGGAAUAGAGUGACUUUCUUCACCUGCUCGAGC